UUUUAUGACUAAUGCAAACAUUUAAGCAACCAAAUCGCAUCAGUCAUCUCAAUUAAUGUCGUAUCUUUAUUAUUACCCAAUUGACAAUAAAACCUUUCACGAUCCACGCUGUCAGUCGGUGCGAUAUGGAACUGGAAAAUUCUGUAUCAAUAUUUGCGUGUCAUCUGAGUCACGAUUUUAACAGCACUUCAAAAUUAUACAUACACAUGGGUAAUCCAAUUAUAUAUGGAUAUGUACGUACGUACAGUUUAGUAAGCCCCCCUUGUAAAAAAAUUGGCAAUAAACACCUGUUUCGCACAAUGUUGGCAUUUGUAACGUAAAUUUUUAGCUUGUUGCUCUGCUUUCAGAUACAAUUUAAAUAAGUAAAUGACUUGCCGACCGGGCGAUUUACCAACAGAUUUAUCAACACUGCAUACACAAGUUGUUAUUGACAAUGACACUUGCACAGACCUUGUUAAUUUAAUUGAUUUCUGUUAUCUCGGCACGUUUAAGGUACAUACUUCAACUUUAUUGUGUCUCCUCGUGUUUAGUGACUAAGCAGUCACGAAGCAUAUUGUGCAUUCAAUAUGACGCAGUUUAUCAUGGAUCCAGUAUAUAAUUCCGGGAACAAUCGUCACUAUACGUUCAGAAAGAGCCGGAAUCUUCCAAAGGCAACACAACCUCGGCACGAAAUAUUAUUCGACUGGACAUAAAUAAAUAAUUAUUUUCACAAAUUUUAAGAAAAUGUUGAAAUUAACCGUAUCUUCCGUAGUGACUUUAGUCCUACUUUUUAGCCUUUGUGUCAACGCAAAUAUAAAAGAUUCACAUACGAAAUUGCAAAAUAGCCGAAAUGGCGAAUGGUUAGACAUGUCGGAGAAAAUCUGGCUGAAUUGGACGGUUAAUGAGGUCACGAAAACGAUCACUUUUGAACUUGAGGCUGAAACCUUGGGUUGGGUGGGGUUCGGAAUUUCUCCACAGGGCGGGAUGACCGGUGCUGAUAUCUUCAUUGCCGGUGUCUUGCCCAACGGGGACCGUUAUUCGUCGGAUCGUCACGCUACGGGAACUACCGACCCGAUCGUAGACGCGCAUUCAGAUUGGGAGCUUCACGACGCAAGAGAAACUGGGAAUCGGACAUAUCUUAAAUUUUCUCGAUUAAUUGACACCUGUGAUGAUCAGGAUUAUCCGAUCGGGAUGGACACGACCCGACUAAUUUAUGCGUUUGGUAUCACGGACGAAAUUGCGUAUCACACUAGUGCGAGACGUGGAACCAAAUCGGUAAACUUACGAGGUGCUCCGAUGCCAGAAGUGGAUUUUACCAAGCUAAAAGAACAUAAAAUGGUGCUUGACAUGGUCAUGCCCCCGAAUGACACGUCGUACUGGUGCAGCUUCCACAAGGGUCCAGCGCUAGAUAAGAAGCACCACAUUGUAGCCUUUGACUCACACCUCCCCAAUCUGGAUGCCCUUGCACACACGCAUCACUUUAUCCUGUACAACUGCUACGGCACAGCUACCACGCCUAUUGAAGACAUUAUGGGGAAUUAUACCGUGGAUAAGUAUCUGGGGGAUAACUGUUAUCUUACUUACGAUGAGGUGAAUCCUAAGCCAGUGAUGUGGUUGAAAGACUAUUGCGAGGAAUACUUGUACGUGUGGGCGAAAGGGGGCAAGCCCAUGGUCUUCCCCGAAAAUGUCGGCUACCCGAUCGGCUAUGGCGACCAGGAGGGAAAAGAAGUCUUCUACAUGUUGGAAAUCCACUACGAUAAUCCCGACGAGAGAACCGGUGUCCAGUUUGAAACCGGUGUUUCAUUCUUCUACACGAACGAAACUCGACCCAUUGACGCGGGGCAGUUGAUGGUUGGUCACGACGUCACACCGUCCAUUACAAUCCCACCAAACACAGAUAAUUUCGUUACCGUGGGUCACUGUGGGGCAGAAUGCACGUCGAAACAAUUUCCCGAGGGAGGAAUCAAGAUUUUUAACGCCCUCCUGCAUUCACACCUUUCCGGGAGAAAGUUGAAGCUGAGACAUUUCAGAGGCCAGCAGGAACUCGAAUGGCCCGAUUUUGAUGACCAUUAUGACUUCAACUACCAACAAAACAAGCAUUUGAACCGGGAAGUUGUCGUGUUGCCGGGGGAUCACUUAACCUAUGAAUGCACCUAUAGCAGCGUUUGGAAAAAGGGAAAAGUUGUCAUAGGAGAUUUAUCAACGGAGGACGAAAUGUGUGAGUCAUUCCUUUGGUAUUACCCAAAAAUUGAGACGAUUGAGGUUUGCGGGUCCUUCUAUGAUGUUGAGCUUUCCGUAGCUGAUUUGGGGAUCACCAAUUGGACGGGAGUUGAGACCUCGGGAAGUACUAGAAAGGUCUACAUUUAUGAGCCUAUCGAAUUGGCUGGUGAUUACGAGGAGUCGUUAAGUACCAAGUUCAAUUGGACACAGGAAAUCAGGGAGGAGAUGGAGAGGAAAAGAAGGUACGAGGAUCACGUGGGGAUUUGUGCGUCCAGAAAGAUUCCCGGAAAUCCGGAUUUUAAAGUCAAAUAUCCAACGAUAGCGACGCCUUAUGAGCCUGCUGAAACAUGCAGAACUGCCGGUGGCAACGGUUUACAAUUAGGCGUAGCCCAUAUUUUUAUGACAAUCUUUGUAGGAACGGUGCACAGAUUUCUGUAAUAUGUAGAGUGACAAUUUAGACUAGAACAUGAAGUCAAAAAGCAAUGUGAUGAACUAUUUAGUACUUAUGAAUUUAAGUUUGUUUUUAUUUAUUAUGCUUUAAUUUGUGUAUAAUCUUUGCAACAGAGUGAUAUUAAUGUGUAAAUAAAUUGGAUGAUAGAGUCCAUAUAUAUUUUUUAAUGAAAUGUUGAUGGUCUGGUAUUCAUACUGAAUUUUACACGUGUUUGUAUGUGGUACAGUAAGUUAAAAAAAAAUAAAAUUGUGGCCUCAUAUGGUACUUUGUUUUAAAAGAUAGACCGGCGGAUGGACAUCACAGGUAUAUUUAUGUACAUAAGCAGAUUGUUAGCUCCCAUACGUACGUACAAAUUUGUAUGUCACACGUGCAAACAUAUGUAUUUAGUAGCCUAAUAUUUUUAUGAAAAAGUCAUAAUUCAUGAUUUAGUAAGCAUCAUUGAACUUCCAAACAAGAUAAACUUUGAACUUUACGUGGACCAUUUACGCGAAGUAGUUCUCACGCGCAGUUUAGCAAUGGACGUAUUUAACAGUGACUCAGGGUAGUAUUAACCUUUGGUUUAAAUAAUUUUCGAUAUAGUAAAUACACAAUUAUUAUAUAAAUAAAUAAGUGAAGUAUGACAUCAUACAUAUGUAUGUACAUCAAAUUUAGAGAUAAUCUGUAAGUGGAUGCAAAUAUCAAUGGAAUUUGUACUCCUCAGCUGUACAAAAUCAAUUUGUACACAUUAACUGUGUGUACGGAUUUCGUCAAGCUUUAAUUAAAAAAUAAUUAUCUUCGUAUUAAUUUACAGUAAACGUUCUAAUAAAUACUUUAGACUAUUAAUCUCUGUUCUUUAAAAAUGUCUGGUAUUAAAUGGACAACACAAGAAAACGGUUCAUACGCCGGCGUAUCUUCCAGCAAUCGUCAUCUCAACGCCUCCGCAGGAGCCGGCACCAACUCUGUUUCAAGUUUUUUAUACGAAUUUGUAGAAAAUUGUGAUAAUACGGAAGUGACCGUUGAAGUUGAAGGUCCAACGGCAGAAUAUCACUUGAAUGCUUCCGGUGGAUGGUAUAAUAGUGGGAAAGGGGUGGGGAAACGUGGAGGUGCUACCGUUGCCAAAGCGUCCACCCAUGGCUAUACCGGUGGUCCAACGAGAUAUCGUAGUCGCAACACUGGGACAGACCGCGUCGCCGGUGCGAGCAUUGGGGCUCGUGCCACCACCGGAAAGGCGGAAGCGAAAUGGAACGUCUUUGGGAGCGAGAUUGAAGGUCCCGCAGCGUCCGUUUUAGCGCAUGCGCGACAUAUCCCGUGGAGUCCGUUCGCCGAGGCAGGCGCUGUAGCGGAAAUCAGUGCGGCGAAAGCUUCCAUUACUUUUGGACCUCUAUUUGUAACGGUGAAUCUAAAUAUCAACACUGGUGUAAGGAUUGGGACGACAGGGGCGGAAAUUAAUUUCUUAGGGUUUGGAGCUUCAAUUGGGGCCAAGACGUCGAUUAAUACACCAUUGGGAUCGAUUGGGUUUAAAUUUUAGAUGGCGUAAAACGAUGUACAUAAAUAUGUAAAAUAGGUAGAUAAUUAACUUUUAAUUGAAUAGUUUGAAGAGCAAGUGCUGGAAUAAAAUAACUGAAUGUUUCUCAUA